AUGGCCGCCUCUGCCGCAAUCAAGGUUGUGGUGCUAGACAUCGAAGGGACAGUCUGUCCCAUUUCGUUCGUCCGUGAUGUUUUGUUCCCCUAUUUUCUGGAAAAGAUCCCAGAGACCGUCAAAUCAGAAUGGGACAGUUCACGGUUCAAGGAGUAUCGAGACGCAUUUCCUGAGGAGUUCAGAUCCAGCCAGGAGGCUUUCCAGGCUCACGUGAUCGACCUGGUGUCCCGCGACGUCAAGAUAGCAUAUCUCAAGUCGCUCCAGGGGUAUAUCUGGCAAGAGGGAUAUGCUUCAGGGGAGAUCAAGGCGCCGCUCUUCGCGGAUGUGCCAACCGUCCUGUCUAGGUGGCAUGGGAAGGGGAUCAAGUUGAUCAUCUACUCCUCCGGAUCAGUGCCCGCCCAGAAGCUCCUCUUCAAGUACACGAACGCUGAGCCCUCGGAUCUUACUGUGCUCCUUACAGAUUAUUUUGAUACAGUCAACGCAGGCCCCAAAACCGAGGCAGCAAGCUAUGAGAAAAUUGUUGCCAAACAUCCAGAGUUCUUGCCGGAGCAAUUUCUAUUCCUCAGCGACAACGUCAAGGAGGUGGAUGCUGCCAUUCAGGCGGGCAUGCGGAGCGCGGUUGUGCAACGUCCUGGGAAUGCAGAUCUUCCUACUGAGGUAUAUGACACUCACCAGGUCGUCGAAACAUUCGACUCGAUCGAGGAGGACUUCAACGUGAAGACGCUGCAGACACUUGGCAAGAGAUCCGCGGACGAGGCUGCAGCCGACGAGAAACCGGAAGCUCAGCCGGCUGACACAACGGAGCCUGAAGGCGCGCCGGACUCCAAGAAAGUGAAGACUUCCAUUGGUGAAGAGGGAGCGACCCAGGGCGAGGAAGAGCCCGCCGAAGAGCCGUCCCAGAUCGACAAGCUCCUUGCUCAGGCCGUCGGGGAUGCGCCUAUCACUCCUACAGAGACCACCAGUGAACCUACCGAGCUUGCGGAGUAG